AGGGGCGGGCCGAGGGCCUCCCUGCACACCCCCCGCACGCACACACACACACGCACACACCCGCAUCCACACUCGCGCACACACACGGCGGCACCCGCCCCGCCUCCCCGCCGCCCUUCACAUCCCCGUCCAUGGCGCCGGGCACGGCAGCCCCCCGCUCCGCACGUGGCGGAGGGGCGGCCCGGAGCGGGCCCGCAGCGCGGUGACUCCCCCCCGGCCCGGGGGCGGCGGCGGCGGCAGGAGCUGAGAGCCGAUGGAAAGCGGGGGCGAUGCCCGAGCGGCCCCCCGGCGGGGAGGAGGCGGCCGCGGGCGGCUUCCAGCCGCUGCCGAGCCCGGCAUGAACGUGGAUGGGGCCGCCGCUGCCCCGCCGCUCCGCCCGCACGGCUCCAGGGACCCCAAGCUGGUCCACCAGCGGUUCCUGCGCAGGAGCGUGGUGGACUCGGACCAGGAGGAGCCCGCUUUCGACCUUCCCGAGUCGGAGCAUCAGCGGAAAAUUAUCCUGCUCCCGAAAACCCGGAGGAUAAUCGCGGAGAGGGCGAAGGCGGGGCAGGGGCAGGAGAAGGGGUGCCUGGGGACAGAGCCCCCCGGGCAGCUGAAGUCGGGGCCAGCCCCCGGCGGUGCCCCGGGGGCGGAGGAGCAGAAGGAAGCCGGCAAGGAUGCGGAGAGGAAGGAGGCGGCGGAUGCUUCCAAGGACCAUGGCAAGGCAAAGAAAGAGGAGCCGGAGGAGGAGGCUGACAUGAAAGCCGUUGCCACCUCGCUGGACGGCAGGUUCCUCAAGUUUGAUAUUGAACUCGGGAGGGGAUCCUUCAAAACGGUCUACAAGGGACUGGACACAGAGACGUGGGUGGAAGUUGCUUGGUGUGAACUUCAGGACAGAAAAUUAACAAAAGUAGAGAGACAGAGAUUUAAAGAGGAAGCAGAAAUGUUGAAAGGUCUACAGCACCCAAACAUUGUAAGAUUUUAUGACUUCUGGGAAUCCUGUGUAAAAGGAAAAAGAUGCAUCGUACUGGUUACUGAACUGAUGACCUCUGGAACACUAAAGACGUAUCUGAAGAGAUUUAAAGUGAUGAAACCAAAAGUUCUGCGUAGUUGGUGCCGGCAAAUCCUGAAGGGUCUUCUUUUCUUGCACACAAGAACUCCACCAAUAAUUCACAGAGACUUGAAAUGUGACAAUAUUUUUAUUACUGGACCAACUGGAUCUGUGAAAAUAGGAGACUUAGGACUGGCAACCCUCAAGAGAGCUUCAUUUGCCAAAAGUGUAAUAGGUACACCAGAAUUUAUGGCCCCAGAAAUGUAUGAGGAACACUACGAUGAAUCGGUUGAUGUCUAUGCUUUCGGAAUGUGCAUGUUGGAAAUGGCUACCUCAGAAUACCCUUACUCAGAAUGCCAGAAUGCUGCUCAAAUUUACCGGAAAGUAACCUGUGGUAUAAAGCCAGCAAGCUUUGAGAAAGUUACUGAUCCUGAAAUUAAGGAGAUAAUUGGGGAGUGCAUUUGCAAAAAUAAGGAAGAAAGAUAUGAAAUUAAAGAUUUAUUAAGCCAUGCCUUUUUUGCUGAAGAUACUGGGGUAAGAGUGGAACUUGCAGAAGAAGACCAUGGUAGGAAAUCCUCUAUUGCCUUAAGACUCUGGGUAGAAGAUCCUAAGAAACUGAAAGGAAAACCCAAAGAUAAUGGAGCCAUUGAGUUUACUUUUGAUCUGGAGAAGGAAACUCCUGAUGAUGUUGCACAAGAAAUGAUUGACUCUGGAUUUUUCCAUGAAAACGAUCUCAAGAUAGUUGCAAAGUCGAUACGUGACAGAGUAGCAUUAAUACUAUGGAGAAGAGAGAGAAUUUGGCCUAGAAUACAGUCAGAGGAACGUCGAGAUUCUGAAUGCUUGGAGAAGCUGAAGACCCCACAUGCACAACAGGUUCAAGUCACAUACCUUUCUCACACCGGUCACCAUAUCCUGUCCGAGUCGGAGGAGCCCGAGGCAGACCAGCACCCCUUUCAGCAAAACCUGCCCACCAGCGUCACGUCUGUUGCAUCUGACAGCACAUUUGACAGUGGUCAGGGGUCCACUGUUUAUUCAGAUUCCCAGAGCAGCCAGCAAAGCGUCAUCUACUCAUCUCUGCCCGAUUCAGUACCUCCUGCUAUUCAACGGGUGUAUAGCCCACCGCUAAGUGAGAGCCAGGCCUUGCCCCAUAGCCUUCAGCAGCUGGGGCACUACCAGCAGCCCUCAGGGCCUGCCCUGCCUGUGGUUCAGGCUCCACCUGCGGUCGUGCCCCAGCGACCCCAGCACUACCAGGAGCCAGCGAUGACGUUCCCUGUGGUGCAGCCGACCACUGUCGCUUCCUUGCAGCUGGGGCAGUCGCAGCCGGUGCUUGCCAGCCAGCAGCAACCCAUAUCACAGCAAACUCCUCUGCAGCAGGUGCUUGCCAGUCAGCCAGUCUGUCCAAUCCAGCCUGCAACCCAUCUAUUGCCCCAGUAUCAACCCCAGACCUCUCAGGUGGCAGCUAGCAGUACACCACUAAAACCACUUCAGAUUUCAACUGUGCCACAACUUCCACCCGUUGCCCCUUCCCAGAUUCCUCAGUUUCCUGUCAUUCCUGCAAUUACUCCUCUGGCAGGACUUGACAACCUUCCUCCAAACCUCUCUGAUAUACCUGCUGCAAACGUGCCCCCCAUACCUGCUCCUUCUCAAUAUUUUGCUCCAGCUGUGAUUUUACCGAGCCUCCCCAUGAACCCCACUCUGCCUAUGGCACCAAACUCCCCAGCCCUCCCCAUGCAGGCAGUGAAUCUUCCUCAUACAACUGUGGCUUCUCUGGUCUUGCCCUGCCAAACAAUAGUGCCAAAUAUGUCAGCUGCUACAAUACCAUUGCUUGCUGUGGCUCCGCCGGGAGUGUCAGCGUUGCCGCCACAUCACGCAGUGUCCCAGCUCUCCCAGCAGCAGAUGUACCAGACCACCUUCCAGCAGAUAAUUCAGAGCGAAGCGCCCUCUCCCCAUCACACGCAGAGCACGCAAGCAGUUUCCCAGCCGCAGCAACCUCCACCUCCUCAGUCACUUCAGCCAAGCAUAAUUCAUCCUUCAGAACAGACGUUGCCCGCGGCUGGGGCUGGUAACCAGCAGAUUACUGGACAUACUCAGUAUGCUUUGGAAACUGGAGCCCAGGUGCCGGUACUCCCAGUGCAACCUUCGUUAGUCAUGUCACCGCCUUUGCAGUUGCAGCCCGAACUAUUGCCGCCCCGUGUCGCUCCAGAAAGUAUUUCACAGAUCCAUGGCAGCCUUGCUACAGCUAGCCCACCAGUGCCCAUAGAUCACUGUCUGCCUCUUCAGCCUUCUGGUCUCCUGCAGCUUCAGCCAGAUCUUUCCCAGCCUCUGGGUCAGCAGCUCCCAGCUCCCAGCUCAGCUGUCCAGGCAGUUACAGAGACAUCGCAAGAGGAGCAGGCAAUACAGGACAAACUUCAAACUCUGUCACAGAGCUGUGAAAGCUACAUGAGUCCAGAUGUUGCUUCAGGUAAAGAAAUGAGUGACAGCUUCGAAGGAGCAAUAGGAAGUGGAAAACAAGAAGGAAAGUCUUCAAAGAAACAUAAGAAAUCUACACGUGCUCGUUCACGCCAGGAGAAGUCCAGCAGACCUAAACUGACCAUAUUAAAUGUUUGUAACACAGGCGAUAAGAUGGUGGAGUGCCAGCUCGAAACACACAAUCACAAAAUGGUGACUUUUAAGUUUGAUUUGGAUGGUGAUGCGCCAGAGGAAAUUGCUACAUACAUGGUAGAGAAUGAAUUCAUAUUGCAGAGUGAAAAAGAGACAUUUAUUGAACAAAUGAAAGAUAUUAUUGAUAAAGCAGAAGAUAUGCUCAGUGAAGAUACAGAAGGAGAACGAAGUUCUGAUCAGGGAACAAGUCCCCAGCAGGAUACUGAUAGACUGGAAAUGAAUGAGGAGAAGCGGCAAUCUCAGGUGAAGACACCCGUGUAUCAACAGAAUGUUUUGCAUACUGGAAAAAGGUGGUUUAUUAUAUGUCCUGUUGUGGAAAACGCUACGACUGAUGCACCAGAGUUUUCUCCACCAGUUCCUCAGAGUACACAGCAGUCUGAAGGUCCAGACCUGGAGCAGUCAGAUGAUCAGCAAGCGAGCUCUGCGGUGAUGGAUGUGCCUGGUGUCUUAGCUUGUCAGCAGCUUCCUCUACAAGCAAGUGUAUGUGACAGCCCUGUUGGAGCCUCUCCAUCUUUGGCACAAAUUCCUGCCGCAGCAUCUUCAGCCGGCUUACAGAGCCAGGCCGAGUUUUCAGCUCUAGCACCACCGGGAUCUGCUCCAAAUAUCCUGGAGCAGACGGCUGCUAACGGAGGUCAGCUGGAAUAUUCUCCACUAAAGGCAGCGAUGCCUGCUCAGCCUGGCACUCCUGCCCCCCAUGCUGCCUUGCUGGAGGAGCCUACUGAUGCUCAUCUUACUCCUCAGCAUGUGCAGCAGCCGGCAGACGAGGGCAUGUGUAUCCCUGAUGUGGAGAUAGCGUGUUGCAGCGUUGGGCCACCCAAAUCAGUCCCACCAGUUCCCGCAAAUGCGGCAGAGCUCUGCCCGCUCCCUGUGCUCUCAGAUGCUGUCGUUUUGGAACGGCAGCCUGCGGCUCAGAUCCCUCACUUGCCAGAGGCCAGCCAGCCUGGCAUGGUGCAGCACUCCUUUGUGAACCAAGUGUUUCCUGCAGCUGUUGCAUCUGAUUCUCUCAGUCUGGCAGGGUCUCAACUUCAGAGUCCUACUCAGGUGUCAGUGGCUGCGUCCCAGCAACACGUGAUGCUGCCCCAGCAGCAGCCCAUAACCUGCACCGGCGUGGGGAUCAGCCUGCUGCAGCAGCAGCAGCCGCCAUGCACCGUGGAGUCAGAUGGAGAGGGGCCACCCAGGGUGGACUUCGUUGACAACACGAUAAAAAGCCUUGACGAGAAACUGCGCAAUUUGCUUUACCAGGAAUACGUCCCUACUUCUUCUGCAUCAGCAGGAACUCCAGACACUUUUGUGCCGUUGGAACAGGCAGACAGUGAAUUUAACUUGCCACCGUUUACUGAGGAUCAAGUUCCCAAGUUGGUGUUGGAUUUAAGAGAACCAGGCUGUAAUGUUGCAGACACUGGCCAGGAAGUGAAAGCUGCUGAGGCCCAAGUUGUGUCGCAUGUACCACCUGAGAUCUCACCUUACCCAGUACUGUCUGAGAAGUCUGAGGUCCCUGGUGUCGGUUCUGAUUCUGCAGAAGCAAGAGGUGGGUCAGCAAGCAGAAAAGGAUUGGCUGCAAGCAUCACUCCAGCUCCUGUGGCUCCAGCAAAAGGCCUCCUUCAGGUUGCACCUACAUCACCAAGCAUAGCUAAACAGAUGGAAACUUCUAAAAGGAACGAGAACGCAAAGACUACAACUUCAUCUACACACACAGAUAAUGUAAUGCAGAUAUCUACAGCAGAUGGGGUGAUAAAUAACCUUCAAAGGGAUGACUCUCUAGACUCCGGUUCCUAUGGAAAACAGGCUGAAACUCAUGAUAGUGGUACACCAGCCAAAACUAUUGGCAGGUUUUCAGUAAUCAGCACGCAAGAUGAAUUAACUUUAGCAGCGCCGCAUUGCUUAAGGUUCUCUGCACCCCCAGACGUCUAUCUGGAUGAGCUACCUUCCAGCCCUGAUCUGAAGACAGCUGUCCGACGGGUGCAGACAGCCUCUUCUGUUGAUGUCCUUUGUGACCAGGGUUCGAGUGAUUCUGCCGAUGAGCCUUUCCAUCGGCAGGCUGCUGCCGCUGCUGCUCAACUAUCCCCACCGAGCAGUAGUGCGGCCACCGACUUAAUUAAAAAAGCAGCUGCUUUUCUGCAAAGGUCUGGAAAAGCUAGCUCACAAGGCCUCGAUUCACCUAAUGGGCAAGGAACAAAAAUUCCUACCAUCAACAUAACAUCUUUCCACUCGCAGUCGUCAUACAUGAGCAGUGACAAUGACUCAGAAUUUGAAGAUGCAGAUAUGAAGAAAGAAUUGCAGAACCUGAGAGAAAAGCAUAUGAAGGAAAUUGCUGAACUUCAGACUCAGCAAAAGAAUGAGAUAGAGGCGCUGUACAUUCGGUUGGGGAAACCCCUUCCUCCCAACAUGGGGUUCCUUCACUCUGCCCCACCAAGCAGCCGUCGCCGAAGAACCAGCAAAAAUAAAUUGAAAGGUGGAAAACUAUUAAAUCCUCUGGUUCAGCAGCUCAGGAGUGGAACAUCAAGCACAAGUAAUCUUUCAGACUCUAAAGACUCACCCCACAAAGAAACAACUAAAGCUCAAUCUGGAUCUCCAGAAAUGACGGCAGUAACUUCUUCUGCAUCAGCCACAUUUGGGAAGUCUGUUCAGACACAGCAGCCAUGCUCUGUCAAAGCCUCUUUGUCUUCUGACAUCUGCUCCGGCUUAGGCCCCGAAGGAGGUGAUGUGAAUGCAAGCUCUGGCCAAGGCUGGACGGUUUUCCACCAAACGUCUGAGAGAGUGACCUAUAAAUCUAGUAGCAAACCUCGUACCAGAUUCCUCAGUGGACCUGUGUCUUUGUCCAUCUGGUCCACCUUGAAACGACUAUGUCUAGGCAAAGAUCACAGUAGUAGAUCCUCCACAAACAGUCUUGUAACGUGUCCUGAGCCCCUCCCGCAAUCAACUCUGCAGGUUCAGGCCAACAACAGUAACAACAAGAAGGGAACCUUCACAGACGAUCUGCACAAGCUGGUUGACCAGUGGACAAGCAAAACUGUUGGAGCUGCACAGGCAAAACCUUCUUUAAACCAACUGAAGCAGAACCAAAAAAGGCAGGACAUGGAGCCAAAGCCUAAUCCCAUGCAAACACAGAAUGAGACAUGUGGAAUUCUGAAAAUGCGAUCGCCAGCGACUGACACGUGGCCCCCACAGCUACGGUGCCAAGCGCCAGGUCCCGCUGCAGCUAAGGAGGAGGAAGAGGAAGAUGGGAAAUGAUUUGUCGUGUGUGAGAAAUUCUGUGCCGUUCUGGUCCAUUCUACACAAUUUUGUAACUUCUUUCUAAUCAUUUUUUAUUUAUAGUUGGAAAUACAAAAAUGUUAUGCAAAAAUAAAGGAAAAUUAUUUUGGGGGAAAAGGAUUUUGUUCCAAAUCGUUCCCUUCUGUUGUAAGCCAGGUUCCUGUGAGCAGCUUCUGGAGAAGAGGGAGGAGAAGUCAUUCUUUCCAAUACUUUUUGUUUUACUCAGUUAAUUGUAAUUUAAGUCAUUUUCAAAAAAUAAGCUAGGCACAUGUAUUCAGGUUGUAGUUAAAAGAAGAUAAAUUCCAAGUCCAAGUGAUUUCUCACAGUCAGAGCUGUUCUUCUGUAAAGAGAAUGCUCUAUUUUAAAUCUGGUUAAAUCAAGUAAAGAAGCCUACAGAGACUUCACUGUAGAGUAACUUUGUACUGUCACUUCCUUUCUCCCCCCACCUUUCUUUUUCUUCUAGACCAGCCACAUUUUCUUGCCAGAGAUGAAUACAGUUCUCAAGUCGCUUCUAAUUUUAAAUGUAAGCCUAAAAUCCUUCUGCAGACGAGUCAGUAAUUGGAGCAAUUUUUAAAAGAUUUUAAAGUGCCUUCAACAAGCUAAAAUUAUGUGGUGGGAGAUUUUUUUUUUCUUGAUUUGCUGAUGAUAGGCUUCACCUGUCUCCUAGGCUGAGGUGGUGUACAGACCUGUUUGUAGCAAUAAUCUCAUGAGUAAUCAUUUAUUAUAAAGGACUGCUCAACUGUUUUUUUCUUUAGAAAGGUGGCUUUUAGUGCUGUUCCUGAGGAGCAGGAGAGAGUGCUGCUUUUGCUGUUAUGUUUUGGCCCCAAACUCUUCCAACCUGCUGCUGAGCACCCAAAAAGUUCGGUGGCUCCCCCCAUAGGCAGUGUCAGACUGCGAUGUUCUGUUCGCUCAGUUUUUGGUACCACAGAAAUAAGAAUUUCUAGUUGCCCGCAAGCCUUUCCCUAUCAUCCCUUCUCGUAGCUGGAGCCUGGCGUUUUGUUUCGUUGUUAUCUGCCAUGUCUGUCUCUUGCAACUCUGAGUUCUAAAUAAUAAAUCUUAUUUUGAUGCUGCUGUUCACUAUUUCCUUACCACCUCAGCUCUGACCUGCUAGCUUCCCCUGCUCCUGAGCUCGGCUGAGAGCAUGGGUGGAUUUAGGUCUGUUGCUGGCACCUCGGAGCUCGAGAGCCCUGAAGCAAGAAACCAUUAAAACGUCCCGUAAAUUCAGAGCUGAAGCCUCAGGGCCAAAAUAGAUGUUUGUGCUUUGUGCUUCUGUGUUGCCUCCUGUUCUACCCACGUCUAAGGAAAUGGAAAUAAUCUCCUGCGUGACAGCAGGAGCUAGACAAGUGGUGAGGGCUGUUGCUGAAAUGCUGCUUUCCUCUGGCUUUCCUGCUGGCAGGAGGGACCGGACUUGUUCCCCUUGUGAGUGGGGGGAGCUGUGGGGUCCCGCUGAGCACUGCACCCUCCGUUUGCUGCUUUGGUCUCUGCCAUCCCCCCUGGGCUGCCACAAGCAUGCUGAGCACGCUCUGUGUGGGGACAGCAGUGUCAUGUCCCUGACGUGCUGCCCUGGGACGAGUCCCUGUGGCAGCGAUCAUGGCAGGAACAUGCUCUGCCAUCACCUGGCGUUUUUGUUCCCUAAAAGGCUCCUUUCUGCAGGGCAGUGCCCUGCGGUACCUCCUGGGGUGCCGGUUGCCUUCCAGGGCUCUGCCAGAGGCUUUCUGGUGCCCGACCCUUGUUGCUCCUUCUGCAACACCUUGGGCUCCUACAUGGCCUCAGCCACAACUUCAGGAAGCCAAAGAGCCUCCAUCUCCAGAUAAGUAUUUAAAAAUCAUCUGUGAAUAUUCAGAUUAAGUAUAGGGAUAGCAUCAGGGUUAACUGUGAGGAGUGAAAACUGCAGCAAACCCUGGAUGUUUGUUUCCCCCACCUCUGCCAAGUCCACCUACCUUCAGUUAAUCUCGUCUGCAAAAGGCUGCUUGUUUUUUUUCCUGUAGCCCACAUACUGAAGGCUGGCACUGCAGUUUGAAGUACAAGCCCUGAGGAGUGCUAGGGGUGCUCACGCUGCUCCCUGUGUGCCGGUGAGGAGGAUUCUCUGCGGGGGAAGCACCAUGCUCGGGUGCAUCUCGGUGCCCGCUGCUUCCAGCCGUGAGCUAGUAGGGACCCAAGUCUGUUCUGAGCCCCUUAGCUCUGGUCCUUGCUUCAGUGUGCCCAGGGAGGGGCCAUUGGGAAUGAGGUGUUUUCGGCAUCCUUUUUUUGACGUUGAUUUUGAUACUCUAGUGCUGAGACAGGGUGGCUGUGUCCUGUACCCGCUCACAGCGAGGCAGCGCCUGCAGCAGUUCACUGAGUUCAUUGCCCCCGUGAAUAUUUCAAGGCACUGGUAAUGUCUCUGGUCUGAAACCUUACUGUGGAGCUUGCAUUCUGUGAGGCUUCCGGCACCUUGCGUGGGAGCCCAGGGGCACUCUGCUGGCAUCGCCACGUGCCAGUGAGCCACUGCCCAGUGCCGAGCCCUGGGAAAUAUUCCUCUGUGCUCCCUGUGAGUCACUGCGGCUCGCACCGGCCUGUGCUGCCUCCUGGAAAAAUGCCACCUAAAUAAAUAAAUAAAUCUUUCCACGUGGGCGCUGGGUGCGACGAAAUCAACCCAGUUCAUCUGCUCUAGGCAUAGCCGUGCCCAGGAGAGUGGGGCUCCUUGGUGCUUGCCAGGUAUUCUGGAAUUACUUUCAACAUAAAACAAAUGUUUAAGAAAAAAAUAAGCAAUUUUUUGCAAUCUAUCUAUUGACAGUGUAGCUAUGAGGUUUAGAGGCAUACAAAACAUCAGAAAAAAACUUGUUAGCUAAAUUGUAGAAGAACUCCUAGAAGUCCUGCUCGUAAAACAGCUGAAGUCUCAGGAUAAUUUGCAGUGAAGAUUUCCUGGGUUAUUGGUAUGGGCAUCUUUAUCUUCUCCAACAAUCCCUGAGGGUGUCCUCAGCAUUAGGCCUUGGCUUUGAGGUUUUCCAUGAGGUUAAUGAGCGUGUAAUUCUCCCGGAGGAAUGGCUGGAGGCAUCAGCUGCUGGGGCUUUCAGCAGGGGUCAGCAAGGCCUUUGUGAGCGUGCAAGCAGGCAGUAGGGCUGCACCAGCUUCCGUGUCCAUGCAGCAAGCGUGGUGGGUGCUUAGGUGGGAUCAAACAACGGUCCCGAACCCAAACAGCCCAGCUGUGGGGUUGGAACCGAGGCUUCCCAAAAUUUAAUAGAGGAGGUACGUGAGGCAUGCAGAAUGAGGAGAUUUAUGUCAGAUUCCUCCAAGAUCUGCUCACAAGGUGCAGAGCAAGUUCCAAAGUGUUACGUGGCCAUGGCAUGUUGGGGAGGCAGCUGUGGUGACUGCAGCUCAUCUCUCGGACGUGCCAAGCACAGCACCGGUACCAGCACCGGGCAGGAUGAGGAGAGGUGCAGGUGGGUGCGAGGUCUGGGUGGCGGCGCGAGGCCG